GGGAGCCAGGCCAGACCGCGGGGGCCCGGGAGGGCUGUAGAUCCCCGAGGCUCCCGCAGCCGCGGCAGGACCGGCCAGCGGCGCCAUGGAGGGGAGCCCCAUCCCGGUGCUAACGGUGCCCACGGCGCCCUACGAGGACCAGCGGCCGGCUGGCGGCGGCGGGCUGCGGCGUCCCACAGGGCUCUUUGAGGGCCAGCGCAACUACCUGCCCAACUUCAUCCAGAGCGUGCUGUCGUCCAUCGACCUGCGCGACCGCCAGGGUUGCACCAUGGUGGUGGGCAGCGACGGCAGGUACUUCAGCAGGACGGCCACUGAGAUCGUGGUGCAAAUGGCUGCAGCCAACGGGAUUGGAAGACUGAUUAUUGGACAGAAUGGCAUCUUGUCGACACCUGCAGUCUCCUGCAUUAUCAGGAAGAUCAAGGCAGCUGGUGGAAUCAUCCUCACAGCCAGCCACUGUCCUGGAGGGCCAGGGGGAGAGUUUGGAGUGAAGUUUAAUGUUGCUAAUGGAGGUCCUGCUCCAGAUGCCGUCUCAGAUAAAAUAUACCAGAUCAGCAAAACAAUUGAGGAGUAUGCCAUCUGUCCUGAUCUUCGAAUUGACCUGUCUCGCCUAGGAAGACAAGAAUUUGACCUGGAGAACAAGUUCAAACCGUUCAGAGUGGAGAUUGUGGACCCCGUUGACAUCUAUCUCAACCUCCUCCGGACCAUCUUUGACUUUAAUGCCAUCAAGAGCUUGCUGACUGGGCCCAGCCAGCUGAAGAUCCGAGUCGAUGCUAUGCAUGGAGUUAUGGGACCCUAUGUGAGAAAAGUUCUGUGUGAUGAACUGGGGGCCCCGGCCAACUCUGCAAUAAACUGUGUCCCACUAGAAGACUUCGGAGGGCAGCAUCCUGACCCAAACCUGACAUACGCAACUACCCUUCUGGAGGCCAUGAAAGGGGGGGAGUAUGGAUUCGGAGCUGCAUUCGAUGCUGAUGGGGACCGUUACAUGAUCCUUGGCCAAAAUGGCUUCUUUGUGAGUCCCUCGGACUCCCUUGCCAUCAUCGCCGCCAACCUCUCUUGCAUUCCAUAUUUCCGUCAGAUGGGGGUUCGUGGGUUUGGGAGGAGUAUGCCAACCAGCAUGGCUCUGGACAGAGUGGCUAAAUCAAUGAAGGUCCCUGUGUAUGAGACCCCUGCCGGAUGGAGAUUCUUCUCAAAUCUGAUGGACUCUGGACGAUGUUCUCUGUGUGGAGAGGAGAGCUUUGGCACUGGCUCUGAUCACCUCCGGGAGAAAGAUGGCCUCUGGGCUGUCUUGGUCUGGCUGUCCAUUAUUGCUGCCCGGAAACAGAGCGUGGAGGAAAUUGUUAGAGAUCAUUGGGCCAAAUAUGGCCGCCACUACUACUGCAGGUUUGACUACGAGGGACUGGAGCCCAAGGCAACGUAUUACAUCAUGAGGGAUCUGGAGGCCCUGGUUACAGACAAGUCUUUCAUUGGCCAGCAGUUUGCUGUGGGGAGCCACAUUUACAGUGUUGCGAAGACAGACAGCUUUGAAUAUGUGGACCCCGUGGAUGGCACUGUGACCAAGAAACAGGGCCUGAGGAUCAUUUUCUCGGACGCAUCACGGCUCAUAUUCCGGCUCAGUUCCUCCAGUGGCAUUCGCGCCACCAUCAGACUGUAUGCAGAGAGCUACGAGAGGGAUCCCAGCGGUCACGACCAGGAACCACAGGCAGUGCUGAGCCCUCUUAUAGCCAUCGCACUGAAGAUAUCCCAGAUCCAUGAGAGAACUGGCCGGAGGGGACCCACCGUCAUCACCUGAGCACAGGGCAGAAGAGCACUCAGAAAGAUGCUUCGCUGCCCCGUGCCUUCUCACUUCCUGUUUGUGCCUCUUAGGACUUUGGAAAAACAAAACCAAUUUUGCUGUU